ACAAUGUUUUCCCAGGUAUUCAACAUUUUUCUGUAGAGAAUAAUAAAGAUAGCUAGGGUUGUGGAAGAGGAGGACAAUGCCGUCAACAAGAUUAAGGUUGCAGGUUCGAGAUCACCAUGUGGUUAUGGACAAUGGAGUUCUUAGAGUCACAAUAUCAAAGCCAGAUGGAAUAGUGACCGGCAUAAAAUACAAUCACAUUGACAAUUUGCUAGAGAUCGCCAACGAUGAAUCUAAUAGAGGGUAUUGGGAUCUUGUUUGGAGUCAGCCAGGAAGUACUGGAACUGCUGGAACAUUUGAAGUGAUCCAUGGGACGAAUUUUAAGGUUGUCACAGAAAAUGAGGAACAAGUAGAGCUAUCAUUCUCAACAACAUGGAAUGCUUCCCUCCAGGGCAAGCUUGCUCCAUUAAACAUAGACAAAAGGUUCGUAAUGCUUCGUGGAUCUUCAGGCUUCUAUACCUACGCCAUUUACGAACAUUUGGAGGGGUGGCCUGGUUUCAACCUUGAUGAAACCAGAAUUGUGUUCAAGCUCAGAAAGGACAAGUUUCACUAUAUGGCUGUGGCAGACAACAGGCAAAGGUAUAUGCCCUUACCAGAUGACAGGUUGCCUGGGAGAGGACAGCCAUUGGACUAUCCUGAAGCUGUCCUCCUUGUAAAUCCUGUGGAGCCUGAAUUCACAGGAGAGGUGGACGACAAAUACCAAUACUCAUGCGAAAACAAAGACGUGAAGGUCCACGGAUGGAUAUGCACGGAUAUUCCAGCCGUGGGCUUCUGGCAGAUCAUGCCCAGCAAUGAAUUCCAGACAGGAGGACCUUCGAAACAAGAUCUUACGUCUCAUGUUGGUCCGACCACUCUUGCUAUGUUUGUGAGUGCACAUUAUGGAGGGGAGGAUGUAGUUCUGAAAUUUGAAGAAGGUGAGGCAUGGAAGAAAGUCUUUGGUCCCAUUUUUAUGUAUCUUAAUUCUGUCACCAACGGAUCUGACCCCUUUUUGCUUUGGGAAGAUGCCAAAGAACAGGCGACGGAACAAGUUGUGAGGUGGCCUUAUAGUUUUCCAGCAUCAGAAGAUUUUCCAACAUCAGCGGAAAGGGGCAAUGUUAGUGGCAGAUUAUUAGUCAGAGACAGGUGUGUGAGUGAUGAGGAGAUGGUGGGAAAUGGAGCAUACAUUGGGUUGGCUCCACCAGGAGAAAUUGGAUCUUGGCAAACACAAGGCAAGGGGUAUCAAUUUUGGAGAAAAGCAGACGAAAAAGGAUAUUUUACCAUCAACAACAUCCGUACUGGAGACUACAAUCUUUACGCAUGGGUCCCUGGUUUUAUCGGAGAUUACAAACUUGAAGAAGUCAUUAGCAUAACCCCAGGAUGCAACAUCGAUAUGGGUGAGCUUGUGUAUGAGCCCCCCAGGGAUGGACCAACCCUAUGGGAAAUAGGGAUCCCUGAUCGUUCAGCCCGAGAAUUUUACAUUCCCGAUCCCGAUGCGAGAUAUAUCAAUAAAUUAUAUGUCAAUCAUCCCGACAGGUUCAGGCAAUAUGGACUGUGGGAGAGAUACAGUGAAUUAUAUCCCAAGGGUGACUUAGUCUACACAGUUGGGGAGAGCAAUUACAGUACGGACUGGUUCUUUGCCCAAGUUACCAGAAAGAAAGACGACAAUACAUACCAAGCAACUACGUGGCAAAUCAGGUUCAGACUCGCCACCAUAAAACCAACCGGAACGUACAAAUUGAGACUGGCGCUUGCAUCUGCAGCGCAAGCUGAGUUGCAGGUUCGAAUAAAUAAUCCAGAUCAAGAUCCCGCAUUAUUUACGAGCGGAUUAAUUGGGAAAGACAACGCAAUCGCACGACAUGGGAUUCAUGGGCUCUAUUGGUUGUUCAAUGUGGAGUUACCGGCUGCUUCGCUUGUUGAAGGCGACAACACAAUUUAUUUGACGCAAGCAAAUACUACGAGUCCAUUUCAGGGGAUUAUGUAUGAUUACAUUCGUCUCGAAAGCCCUUGAUGGGGACGCCUUUCACU